UACAAUGUGGUUGGACAAAUUAGAACGUUCCUUGUUUAUGAUUGGCUAUUCUUACGUUGGCAUAGUUAAUUACCUGUUUUUAUUAAUAACUUCAAACAAUUAUUAUAAAUUUUUAAACUAACAUUUUAGCACAUUCAUACGUACAAAAGUGAAAUACUUUUACGUUUUUAUUUAAAAUCUAAGUAAAGUAUAAAUUUCAUAGCAUGCACAUUAACCUACAAUAUUGCUAACAAUCAUGUUUUCAGUUUGAAGUGAAAAAUGAAAUAAUAAUAAAUUAAAUGUAAAUGUAAUAAAAAAUAUUUUUGAUUGGAGUAACUUACUUAAUUGAUAAGAAUUAUAAGUAUAUAUAAUGGAUCAAUUUAGAGAUUUUCUUAAGCUUUACAACCAAAUAUCAGAUAUUUGUUUUAAUCGUUGUGCAAAUUCUUUCAACACAAGAACAGUAGAAGCAGAUGAGAAAAAAUGUGUUGAGGCUUGUGCUCAAAAAUUUAUUCUCACCAACCAUAGAAUCAUGGAAAUUUUUAUGGAGGUACAAGCUGUGAUUGUACAAAAUAGAAUAGGUAAUAUGAAUGUUACUGAGCAAGCUAUGGAAGCCACAAAUCAAGAACCACCAAAAGUUGAGAUUUUAAAAUAGAUUAAAGUUUGUAUUUACAAGUAUAUGACUAUUAAUUGUUAAACAUAUGUUGUCUUUUCACGGAAUAAAAUUAUUAUUCAUUUUUAAACAAUUUUAUUAACAUUGCUCAACUUCUUAAAACUUGAGCAUGUAUGUUACAUAAGCAUACAAUUAUA